AUUAAAUUCUAAUUUAAUGUCACUCCUAAAUUUUGUUUUUAUUUUGAAAUUUCACUAUAAAUACAACACCCCAUGCUUCCAAUUUUUCACUUCAAUCCCAUUGAGAAAAAUCCAAAAUUUCAACCAAAAAAAAAAAAAAGGGAAAAUGCCAAAGCAAAUUCAGAAAUCAUUUCAAGAAUGCCUAUCAAAAAUCAAAAUUUCCAAGAAACAAAUCCAGUUACCGUUACGUAGUUGCAAGCACCCCAAAACGCCGUCGUUUACGUCCAGGGGCGGCAAGAAGGAGACCGACGCCGCGACGUUGUCCGAUGUCGACCAGUUCUUGUUUGAGAAUUUCAGGUCACUCUACCAGAAGGAGUACGAAGAGGAGACCUCGAAGGAAACUGAGCCGAAAACGGCCGCGUUUUUGCUGGAGUCGCCGAGGCUGCUCGACCUUCCUCUGCCGCAAAACCUCUGCCGCUCGGCGAGGUUCUUCGUCUCCUCCGGCUCGACGAGCUCGCUCAUCAUGGACGAGCCCUGCUCUUCCUCGGCCUCGUCCACGAAUGAUUCCUCGGUGGAGUCGGAGGAAGCCCCGGAGAUCGCGGCGAACGAUUCCUCUGCGCCGGACGAUUUCAUCGCUCUUUUGACGUACUCGCCGAGCCCGUACGAGGAUUUCCGGCUUUCGAUGCAGGAGAUGGUGGAGGCGCGUGUGGAGCAUAACGGAAAAGUGGACUGGAAGUUUCUGGAGGAGCUUUUGUUCUGUUACUUGGAUUUGAAUAACAAGAAGUCGUAUAGAUUUAUACUGCGAGCGUUUGUGGACGUGAUCGUGGGUCUGCGAGAGAACUCCGGUAGAAUUCCGGUCAGCCGUCGGCCGUGGAACGGCGGAGCUGGGAGAAGGCGGCUCAAUCUUAAUUGAAGGGGAGGCGCAGUGCAUGCAUGAACCAAUUAAUUAAGUCUUUUCAAUAAAUACAAAACUGUUGUUUUUAUUUCCGUAUGUGUGUAUUACUUUUUCCUGUAGGUGUACGUAUAUGUAUGUAUUUGCGCGUGUAUUUGUGUGUAUUUUUCGAUGAACAAGCAUUAAAACUUUAAAAUAUACUG